AACCCAGUUACUUGGGCAACACGAUGAGCUAGACUGGUUGUCAGUUUCUUCAGCUUCUGGUCACCUGGAACGACUGUCAAAGAUGUCUGAAUAACAGCCGGGACCCACAAUUUAACGUGCCUUCCGAGACACAGAGGAACUCGUUAAGACAAAGAUGGUCAUCCAUCUACGAGCCGAUCGUGUCAGGCAUAGCUUAACCUGGGAUCGAUCAUAUUAUGUAGUUAUAAAUAGGUUGAGUUUAAUUGGUAACGUAUCUGGUAUCGGAGUUAGACUACUGUGACACAUUCAUAGAGCUGUUUAAAGUUGCAGAUGAUCUUGAGCAUUAACUCAUGAAGAACUGGGCUUUUUUUUCCAGUUAAAUUGAAAAACGAGGUCAGGCACUUUUUAAAGUUUUUCUAGAAAAAAUAGAGCCUAAAUUCUUGGUAAAUCAUAAGAGCUUAUUGUUACACUUCUGCAGACUACUAAAAUCGCUUUGUGUGAGCUUGAUUUAUUAGUCAGCUUAGGGCUGCAAGGCAAUCCCGAAGUACAUAUGUACAUGAACACAGUAUGUACGUAAGAAAUAUCGACCGAGUUAUAGUUACCAAAUAUAUUUCAUGUUUUCAGGAGUUACCGUAUCUUGUAUCUAUUUACCUAAAUUCUGUCGAUUUAUUCAAAGUAGAUAUUUCAAUUAUUCAUUACUCCUUUAAGUAGGCAACAGAAUAAAUUUAUUAAUCGUAACUAAUUGUAAUGUAAGGGAAAUAUAAAUAUAAGAACUCGUAAGGAACUGUCCAACGAGACCUUGUCGUAUAGCAGAUAUACCUAGCAAAUAGUACCCAUAUAAACUUUUGUAAUAAUUCAAUUAAAUGUUAUAAUGAAAUGAUGUGGUUUUAUCACUUUUCACUGAACACAAUCACAUACAUAAUCUACCAAAAGAGCCGGCAAUUUCGGCUCAUGUGAGCAUCUGAAUACACAUUAAUUGAUCUAUUAAUUUGUGCAAAGAUCUAGAUACUUUCAAAUCGGCUUACAAAACUAAGCGCGGCAACUUACUCACGCACAGUCGACCGCGAGAUCUGCUGAGUGUUACCUUUCGAAUUAAUUCGGAGUUUGUUGAAAUGUUACCUAAGUUUAUUGUAGGGUUAAUUUUGUGCUGGGGUGUGCAGAGUUUCCCUGACGGGGCGCCUAUAGACACGUGUGUGAAGAACCGUGCUAAUCAGCCUAAUCACGGCCAGCACAGGCCGCAACCCUUGUCCAGUCUACCGUACAGGGUCGCGGCAUCGGCAUUACUUUACGGUCCAAAUACCCCGGUCACAGUGACAAUUGAAGGAACCGAGCCAUUCAAGGGUUUCUUUCUACAAGCUCGCUCUGUGGAGAAUGACGACUGGAUCGGAGCGUGGGAACCCGCUCCCAACACGACUGUCCAUCCAGAAUGCGCAUCGAUAACACACGGUGACCCUGAGUUCAAAACUAGGGCGACUCUGCUAUGGAGAGCACCACCUGAUGCCCAGGGCAAGGUUUACUUUACUGGCACAGUCUUAAAGAACUACGGAACUUUUUGGUCGAAUCUCAUAGCAGAAGCUCCACAGGAUCCGAGGCAGCUACAGAUACUUGGAUGAACAGAAGUUUCUUCAUAAAAGAACUACAAAACAGUUAUCUUGAAGAGCUAUCCGUAUUGCCAAGUUGUUUAAUCAUUAACCCACUAAAGUAGGCUAAAAAUAAUUGUAAAUAAAACCAAGUAUAAAUAAAUAGAUAAGUGUAUUAGAA